AUGUGUAAGAGGAGAGUGGCGGUGGUAGGUGCCGGCAUAAGUGGGCUGGUGUCGGCAUAUGUAGCAUCAGCAGCGGGGGUUGAGGUGGUGUUAUAUGAGAAGGAGGAGUACCUCGGCGGUCAUGCCAAAACUGUCACCAUGGAUGGUGUUGAUUUGGACCUGGGUUUUAUGGUCUUCAAUCGGGUUACAUAUCCCAACAUGAUAGAGUUCUUCGAGACGCUUGGAGUUGAUAUUGAGAUUUCUGAUAUGUCGUUCUCCGUAAGCUUAGAUGAAGGCAAUGGUUGUGAAUGGGGCAGUCGAAACGGUUUAUCAGGUUUAUUUGCACAAAAAAAGAAUGUACUAAAUCCUUACUUCUGGAAGAUGAUUAGAGAAAUUACCAAGUUUAAAGAUGAUGUAUUAAGGUAUCUUGAAGAGCUUGAAAACAACCAAGACCUUAGUCGCAAUGAAACAUUGGGGGACUUUCUCAAGUCACAUGGUUACUCUGAGUUGUUUCAGAAUGCUUAUCUUAUUCCAGUUUGCUCCUCCAUAUGGUCUUGCCCUGCCGAAGGAGUUAAGAGUUUCUCUGCUUUUUCCGUUCUCUCAUUUUGCCGCAAUCAUCAUCUACUUCAGCUUUUUGGUCGCCCCCAGUGGUUUACUAUCAGAUGGAGGUCACAAACCUACGUGAAAAAGGUCAGAGAAGAACUGGAGAAGAGAGGUUGCCAAAUAAGAAUGGGUUGCGUUGUCCAAUCUAUCACAAAAGUCGAUAAUGGUUGUUUAGUUUUAUGCAAAGAUGGAUCACGAGAAACGUAUUCUGAAUGCAUAAUGGCUACGCAUGCGCCAGAAACUCUAAAGAUGUUAGGAGAAGAAGCUACACACGAAGAAAGAAGAAUUCUUGGUGCUUUUAAUUAUGUGUAUAGUGAUAUUUUUCUACAUCGUGACAAAAGUCUAAUGCCCCAGAACCCAUCUGCAUGGAGCUCAUGGAACUUUCUUGGAACCGUGGACAAUAGAGUUUGCUUAACAUAUUGGCUAAAUGUGCUUCAGAACAUUGAUGAUAAGGGGCCACCUUUUCUGGUUACCCUAAAUCCACCCCGAACACCAAAACAUAUGAUGCUCAAGUGGACAACUGGACAUCCAGUCCCAUCAGUUGCUGCAUCAAAGGCUUCACUUGAGCUAAAUCAAAUUCAAGGGAAGAGAGGAAUUUGGUUUUGUGGUGCAUACCAGGGUUAUGGGUUCCAUGAGGAUGGGUUAAAGGCUGGUAUGCUUGCUGCAAAUGGCAUGCUUAGUAAGAGCUGUGAAAUUCUCAAGGACCCUAAACAUAUGGUACCAUCUCUAAUGGAAACUGGUGCAAGGUUUUUUGUUGCUAGGUUCCUUAAAGAUUAUAUCGCUAUGGGAAGUUUAAUUUUAUUAGAAGAAGGAGGUACAAUGUUCACCUUUGAAGGAACCAGAAAGAGGAGCAAUUUUAAAGUUUAUCUCAAAGUUCACAAUCCCCAAUUCUAUUGGAAGAUUGCUACAAAAGCCGAUUUAGGUCUUGCUGAUGCUUACAUAAAUGGAGAUUUCUCCUUUGUUGAUAAAAAAGAAGGCCUUUUAAAUAUGUUUAUGAUUUUCAUUAUUAACAGAGAUUUAGAAAGUUGUGCCCAAAAGUCCAGCAAAAGGGGCUGGUGGACACCAAUGUUUUUAACAGCUGGAGUGGCAUCAGCCAAGUAUUUCUAUCAUCAUAUUUCAAGGCAAAAUUCUCUUACUCAAGCACGUCGAAACAUAUCUCGCCACUAUGAUUUGAGUAAUGAGUUGUUUGCAUUGUUCUUGGACGACACGAUGACAUACUCAUGUGCAAUAUUUAAGAAUGAAGAUGAAGACUUGAAAACAGCACAGAUGAGAAAGAUCUCUUCAUUGAUUGAAAAGGCAAGAGUUGAUAAGGAACACAAAGUUCUUGAGAUAGGAUGUGGUUGGGGAACUUUGGCUAUUGAAUUAGUGAAAAGAACUGGAUGUAGAUACACUGGCAUCACCCUCUCUGAGGAGCAACUAAAAUAUGCAGAAACUAAAGUGAAGGAAGCUGGCCUACAGGACAAAAUCAGAUUUCUACUAUGUGACUAUAGGCAAUUGCCUCAUACUUACAAAUACGAUAGAAUAAUAUCUUGUGAAAUGCUAGAAGCUGUUGGGCAUGAAUACAUGGAAGAGUUUUUUAGUUGUUGUGAAUCAGUAUUGGCAAACAAUGGACUUUUUGUCUUGCAAUUCAUAUCAAUCCCAGACAGGAGGUAUGAUGAGUACAGACGAAGCUCGGACUUUAUAAAAGAGUACAUAUUUCCUGGAGGUUGCUUGCCUUCACUUAGCAGAGUAACAUCUGCGAUGGUUGCAUCAUCCGGCCUCUGUGUAGAGCAAGUGGAAAACAUAGGGAUACAUUACUACCAAACGCUAAGAUAUUGGAGGAAAAACUUCAUGGAAAAACAAAGCAAAAUACUUGCUCUGGGGUUCAACCAAAAAUUCAUUCGUACAUGGGAAUACUAUUUUGAUUAUUGUGCUGCUGGUUUUAAGACCCACACACUUGGAGAUCACCAGGUUGUGUUUUCAAGGCCCGGAAACAUUGUUGCACUAGGAGAUCCUUACAAGGGUAUCGCAUCGGCUUAUUCUUUAAAUUAAAUGUCACUUGCUUCUUUAACAUCAUUUUAUCAACAUUUAUUUUUUUUGUACUCAAUUGAAUUCCCUAUUGGUUUCAUCUUCCAAAUAAAACACAAUACAUUAUUUUUUUUCGAAAGAGAAACAAUACAUUAUUGGUAUGUUGAUUUGUGC